CACCCCAUAGACAUCAAAUUUAAUUUUGGCCCCAAAACUCUACUCACGCUCUCGUUGGGUCUUCUCCACAUUACUCUCCAGUCUCCACCACGUGCUUCCCUCUCUUUCUCUCUCAUCGCCGUCACCACCACCUCUAGAUUCGAGAAAGAGAGGCGAAGACAGCAAAUCGACGCCACCGUCAACCUCACCUCACUCCGAAUUUGAAUUGAUUUUGACUGAGCUGACUCGAUGACUUCGAAUUCCGAUUUGGUGCGCACAAUUGAGUCGGUGCUAGGCGUUUCUCUCGGCGAUUCGGUUUCGGAUUCGCUGAUUCUGAUCGUGACGACCUCAGUUGCAAUUAUAAUAGGGCUUUUGGUGGUUCUGUGGAAGAAAUCGUCGGAUCGGAGCAAGGAGGUGAAGCCGUUGGUGGUGCCUAAGUUGUUGGUGAAUGAUGAGGAGGAAGAUGAUGUUGCCUCCGGCAAGACUAAGGUCACUGUGUUCUUCGGGACUCAGACUGGAACUGCUGAGGGAUUUGCUAAGGCACUGGCCGAGGAGAUAAAGGCAAGGUAUGAAAAAGCAGCUGUCAAAGUUGUUGAUCUGGAUGACUACGCAAUGGAUGAUGAUCAGUAUGAGGAGAAGCUGAAGAAAGAGACCCUUGCAUUUUUCAUGCUGGCAACUUACGGAGAUGGAGAGCCAACUGACAAUGCUGCAAGGUUCUACAAAUGGUUUACCGAGGGUAAAGGCGAGAGAAGUGAGACCUGGCUUAAACAGCUCACAUAUGGAGUUUUUGCCCUGGGUAACAGGCAGUAUGAGCAUUUUAAUAAGAUAGGCAAAGUUGUUGACGAUGACCUUAGUGAACAAGGUGCGAAGCGUCUUGUUCCAGUUGGACUAGGUGAUGAUGAUCAAUCCAUUGAGGAUGAUUUUUCUGCCUGGAAAGAAUCUUUGUGGCCUGAGUUAGAUCAGUUGCUCCAAGACGAGGAUGAUCUAAAAACUGUUUCUACUCCCUAUAGAGCUGCUAUUCCUGAAUAUCGAGUAGUGAUUCAUGACCCCGCUGCCACAUUACCCUAUGAUAGUCACCUCAACAUGGCAAAUGGGAAUGCUGUUUUUGAUAUUCAUCAUCCUUGCAGGGGGAACGUUGCUGUUCGGAAGGAGCUUCACAAACCUGAGUCUGACCGUUCUUGCAUACAUUUGGAGUUUGAUAUAUCAGGGAUUGGCAUAACAUAUGAAACUGGAGACCAUGUGGGUGUUUAUGCUGAGAAUUGUGCUGAAACUGUUGAAGAAGCUGGGGAGUUGUUGGGUCAGAAUUUAGAGCUGCUGUUUUCUCUUCACACUGAUAAUGAGGAUGGCACUCCCCUAGGAGGUUCUCUGCCACCUACAUUCCCAGGUCCUUGCACACUGCGCACUGCAUUAUCGCGUUAUACAGAUCUCUUGACCCCCCCGCGAAAGGCUGCUCUAGUUGCAUUAGCUGCUCAUGUUUCUGAACCUAGUGAAGCAGAAAAAUUGAAGUUCCUCUUAUCUCCUCAGGGGAAGGAUGAGUACUCCAAAUGGGUGAUUGGAAGCCAGAGAAGUCUACUUGAAGUGAUGGCGGAGUUUCCAUCAGCAAAACCUCCCCUCGGUGUGUUUUUUGCUGCCAUAGCCCCUCGUUUACAGCCUCGUUAUUAUUCUAUUUCAUCCUCUCCUAGGUAUGCCCCACAAAGGGUACAUGUAACUUGUGCCUUGGUUUGUGGUCCAACGCCUACGGGCAGAAUUCACAAAGGAGUAUGUUCAACCUGGAUGAAGAAUGCUAUUCCCUUAGAGGAAAAUCGGGAUUGCAGCUGGGCUCCCAUUUUUAUUAGGCCAUCAAAUUUCAAGCUACCAGCUGAUCAUUCGAUUCCUAUUAUUAUGGUUGGGCCUGGUACUGGUUUGGCACCUUUUAGGGGAUUUUUACAGGAAAGAUUUGCCCUCAAAGAGGAUGGUAUUGAACUUGGGCCUGCGAUACUCUUCUUUGGAUGCAGGAACCGUCGAAUGGAUUUUAUUUAUGAGGACGAGCUAAACAAUUUUCUGGAACAAGGUUCUCUGUCAGAGUUGAUAGUUGCAUUCUCCAGAGAGGGGUCUGAAAAGGAGUAUGUUCAACACAAGAUGAUGGAUAAAGCAGCAUAUCUGUGGAGUCUGAUUUCUCAGGGAGCUUAUCUUUAUGUCUGUGGUGAUGCCAAGGGUAUGGCGAGAGAUGUUCAUCACACUCUUCAUACCAUUGUCCAACAGCAGGAAAAUGUGGAGUCAUCAAAGGCAGAGGCUAUAGUGAAAAAACUUCAGUUGGAUGGACGUUAUCUUAGGGAUGUGUGGUGAUUUUUCUGAUUGUUCAUCUGUCUGGAUUGUGGCAUCCUUGCUAUUUGAUUUGUUAUAUUCAAGAUUGGCAGAGGGAUAUUUUUGAGGACUAAUAUCUGCUUUUAGGUAAUUUUGGGACACUGCUGGUGGAGGCCAAACAGGUUUCCUUGAGUAGAAAAUAAUUUUCUGGGCAUUUGUCUCUCUUUUCUAUUAUCUUUAUAUUCUCUUAUGAUAGGUUAGAUCCUUCUGAGUAGGAUUAUUUUAGGAGACUGAUAAUGUCAGAGAUUGGUCACAGCACAUACAGGUUACAGUGAAUGGUCAUGUAUAAUUAAGUGUAGAAAUUGGCAACGAAUAUUUAUUUUUAUUCACACAACUCAGGUACUUUUUAAAAUAAAACGGAUUUUCAAUAAAUAUAGUUUCAGAAAGAUUUUUCAA